AUGGCAGCUGGUCAAAUUGACCACUUACUGGAUUUAUGGGCAUCUACCCUCACAAAGCACAAUGACAAACCACCAUUUGGAGAUCACCAUGAUCUCUACAACAUCAUUGAUAGUUCACCCUUCAGGGAUGUGAAAUGGCAAAAUUUUAUGGUCACUUAUGAUGGUGAGAGACUCACAGAUGAUAUCAAGCCCUGGAUGGACGACAAAUACAAAGUCUGGUUUCACGACCCACAUGAAGUCGUGUGCAAUAUGCUUGCAAAUCCAACAUAUUCUAGUGAGAUAGACUAUUGCCCAUACCGAGAAUAUUCAACCAAGGGCAACAAGCGGCAAUGGAAAGAUUUUAUGUCUGGUGACUGGGUGUGGGAUCAAGCUGAUGAGAUAGUGAAAGACCCAAGCACACUGGGGUCCACAUUUGUCCCUGUCAUCCUUGGCAGUGACAAAACAACCAUUUCAGUCAGGAUGGGGAAUAAUGAAUACUACCCACUCUAUGCUUCCAUCGGGAACAUUCACAACAGUAUUCAUCGAGCCCAUCAUAAUGGUGUGGCAGUGAUCGGGUUCCUUGCCAUGCUAAAAAGCAUGACAACUCCCAAAGUCAUGCGAUUUGGAGAUGGUCACUACCAGUGGGUUAUAUAUGAACUAGGGCCCUGCAUAGUGGAUUAUGAGGAGCAGGUACUGUUAGCAUGUAUCAUCCAAAACUGGUGUCCCAAAUGUAUGGCAAAUCACAAUAAUCUUGACAAAGACGUGUUAUGUCAUUUGUGUGACCAUACUGAGGCCCUUAUUGAAGAAGCUCUGAAUCUUGAUGGUGAUCUGUGGGAUGAUUUUGGAAUAGUUGAGCAACUCGUAGUAUCCAAUAUCUAUCAAAUGAUCUCUCUGGACAUCCUCCACCAGCUUAUAAAAGGAACCUUCAAGGACCAUCUUGUGGCAUGGGCAGAGAAAAUCAUGGAUGACAUUGAUCGCAGAAUUGCUGCUGUCACCUCAUUUUCAGGCUUACAGCGAUUUCCUCAAGGAUGUGGCUUCAAGCAAUGGACGGGAGAUGAUUCUAAAGCUCUGAUGAAGGUUUACUUGCCCACCAUUGAGGGUCAUGUACCUACAGAAGUUGUGUGCGCCUUUCACACACUUCUAGACUUUGCUUACUUAGUCCAUCCUGAUAUAAUCACAGAAGACUCUCUACUUGAGAUCAAAGACAUGCUUGCACGCUUUCACCAUUAUUGUGAAAUCUUCAAGAUGACAGGUGUCAUUUCUACCUUCUCCCGGCCUCGCCAACAUUCACUAUACACUAUAUAG